AGAUCCCACGAAAUUAAAGCUUGAUCUGGAAAGUAAGUAAUAACACACAAAUUGUGGACACAGAGAAAAACAUGGUGCUGAAAGUAUAUGCUGAUCGACUCUCCCAACCAUCUCGUUCUGUUCUCCUCUUCUGCAAGUAAAUUACACCCUUCAUUUGAUUUUCAAUUGCAUUUUCUUUCAUCAUCCGAUUAUAAUUUUCCGACUGGAUUAGUACACCUGUUGAAGCUAUUAGUUAAUUGCUCAAGCAUAUAUACCCUUCUGCUGUUAAUUCAUCGUUUAUAUUGGGUGGUUUUUUUUUUUUUUUUUUGUUAAACUGACAUCUGUUCUUCUUAAUGGUUACUUUCGUUAGUUCCAGUUAAGGAUAAAUGGAAUUGACUUUGAGGAAAUCCGAGUAGAUGUCUUGAAAAAUCAGCGAUUCUCCACUGAAUUUAAGGGUUUAUUUGCUACCAUCUGUAUCGAUUUGCGCUAAGAUCAUAUGAAAAAAAAAGAUAGAUAUUAAACAUUCAUAUAGAUUAAAAAGAUAAAAUCGUCAAAUAUUUACUCAGGUUAUGAUUUAUGCAGCAAUAAAUCCCAUGUCUCAAGUUCCAGCAAUAGUUGAUGGACGCUUUAAGUUGUUUGAGAGUCAUGCAAUUCUUAUCUACUUGUCUUGUUCAUUUCCCGGAGUUUCUAGUCAUUGGUAUCCUGGUGAUGUAUCCAAAAGAGCUAAAAUCCACUCUGUUUUAGACUGGCAUCAUUCAAACCUACGUCGUGGUUCAGUUUUCCUAGUUUCAGUUGGACUUUUUUUGAACACUAUCGUGGCACCCGAAGGGUUCCCUUCAAGCCCUCAAGCAGCCAAAGAAGCCGAGAAGAUACUCAUGAGAUCUUUGUAUAAAUUAGAAACUUUUUGGCUAAAAGAUGGAAGAUUUUUGGUUGGAAGCUCUCAACCAUCGAUUGCAGAUCUGAGUUUAGUAUGUGAAAUCAUGCAACUUGAGCUUUUGAGUGAUGAGGAUCGUGAUCGGAUAUUCAGCCCUUACAAGAAAGUUGUUGAGUGGAUGGAAGAUACAAUAUCUGCAACUGCACCUCAUUUUCAUGAAGUUCAUGGGCUUCUCUUUAAAGCCCAGAAAAGAAUUCGAGGGCAGAUGCUAACACAAUCCGAGAUUUUUUGUGCAUUGAGUAAAAUUUGACACAUUUGGUGCUAACCACCACCUUUAGUCUGAAGCCAGACUUGAAAUCUAACCCUAUGGCUGGAGCCGGAGGGCACAUUUUCCACGUUUAAGAAUUAAGAUCUCAAAGGAAGAAAAAUUGUUGAUUUAUCUGAAAAAAAUGUUCCACAUAAACUCUUAUGAAAAAUGUUAUUACAAAUGAAUCACAUCCCUGUAGAGAAA